UGGCUCUUUUAUUUUGAAGGAACAGCCCGGUACCAAUGCUGUCUCCUCUUUUGGUUUUUUAGCUUAGCCCCUCAGCAGCAGCACAGGGAGCACACCGUGUACUUGUCUUUUAGUGCUGGUGGUCUCUACUCUGUCAAGGCAUUGUGUUAACUCCUGAUCAGUCGUUUGUGUAGCCUACACCGUGUUGCCUUUUACGGUUUAACGUCCUGUUUGGCCUUUCAAACAUAUGUGCCUAGAAGCAUAAAGUGCGUCUGUCCAAUGGCAACCUCUGAUCCCACCCCCACUCACACUUCUGUGUCUGAUGAGUUCUAUUAUGAAACCAAAUACAUUGUGCUCAGCUACCUGCGACUGCCUCCGGCCAGGUCACACGCUCUGCGCAGCGCUCAGGGAGAUGCACAUAUGGAAAGACAAAGAACUGAUGAGAUUAAUGAACAGAUAGAGGAAGAGUUGAGAAAACUUGAAGAUGAGAUUGCUUUCUCCUCUUCCAGCACAGGUUUUGACCGACACACAUCAUUGGUCUUCAAUCCCACUAACCCUGAGAGUUCGAUUGAAGACUGUCUCGCUGCACUCGGAGAUCAAGUGGCUGCUGAACUGGAUCCACAUUUGUCAACUGCUGUGGACACACUCCUUACAGGGCCUCUUGACUAUGAGAACUUCAGACAAGCCAAUCUUAAUCUGUCUGUGCACACACAUGGGGGCUGGAGUAAGGUUCUAGUGCCUUUAGUGCUUCUACAAGCUUUACAAGCUAAGGGCCCAUCUUUAUCAAGUUUGCUGCCACUUGCUGUGCACUUCCUCGAGGAGAAUGAAGCUGAAUACAUCACCCAGCAGGGGGGAUGGGGUAAGGUCUUUGGCCUUAUAUCUGAGGAGGAGCGAGGGGUGACCAUAGCUGAGGAUAGUAACGACAUUUACAUCCUGUCAGGAGAGCAGCAUCCAGACCAGCUCAGCCCUCCUUCGUCUCUGUUGUGCACCGAAGGCAACAGCAGUGGGCAGAGCUCCUGGCAAACUGAAAGCUUACCUGUGUCACUAGCUGCUCACGAGUCCUGGGCGCAGGUCGCUGCUAUGGACCCUGAAGAUGCCAAAAGCCUAGACAGCAACGAAGGUGUAGCAUUGGUUGAAGAGCGUAGUGAAAAUAACUCCUCAAACUCUGACAUUGUUCAUGUGGAGCGUGAGGACGCUGAGCUCCUGGAAGCCGGUGAAACUGAGGCUAUAGAGGAGAGCAUGAUGAGUGUCUUGGGCACAGAGAGUGAUCUUGCAGCACUCAGGGAAGAAUACAGGGAGCAGACGGCACCAGUUCCACCUUCAUAUGAGUCUGCAGCACCAGCUUCACUCAUGUCACUGGAAGAACCUGUAGUAAUAGAGACACCUCCUAGUUUGUCCGCUGAGCCUUCUUUCAUCUCAUUAGAAGAAGCAGAGGUUCCUGUGGGGGCUCCAGAGGCUGUGGCUACCCCCAAAGAGCUACAACCUGUUCCUGCUGUAGAACCAGAGUCUGAGCCAGUCCCAGUGCCUGAGGAGCCUGCUGCUGUAGCCAUUGAACCCCUGAUUGAAAGUACCCCAGCACCAGAAGUGAAGGCUGGUUCCGAAGUACCCAUUGCAGUAGAGCCUACUGAAGUGCCUGUCCCCUCAGAAGAGCCCCUUCCCCAAACUGAGCACGUGACAGAAGAGCUGGUCCUGGAGGCAGAAGCGCCGCCUGUGGAAGCUCCUGUCAUAACUCCUGCUCAAGAACCACCUGCAGAACACCCAGUGGAGGCAGCAGAAACAGAACCUGCCUCUGAUUUUCCAGUCCUGCUUUAUGGGGGGGCAGCUUUGGCACUUAUCACGGCCAUUAUGGCAUAUGGCGUAAUUUCUUAUAGAAGGAAGUAAAGAAAGGACUUUUCAGAAGGACCUUUUGUUGAUGUAGAAAUAAAAUUAGUACACUUAAUGAAACAAUUCUUACAAGGGAUUCAAAUCUGUGCUUUUAAAUAAAUCUCACCAGCAACCAAAACACCUUUACGACUUGUUUAGCUGUGGAUUAAAUACAAAUAUGGCACUCCACUUUUAUUGUCAAUUUAUGAUUCACAUGCCAACACAUAAAUGUGGUUAUAAUUUUAACUAUUCUGACAAAGGGUUUCAGAUUGUGUGGGUUGAUUGUGGCACAAUGUGUUGGUGAUAGAAACGUCAAGUCUACUUCCUGUUUUUUCAUGCCUUUAAUACUGUACAUUGCUACAGUAGAUGGCUUUAUUCAUAUGCAAGUUAUUUAAAACAUGUCAUAUACAAGAGACAAACACGUUACUAUGCAAUAGUACACUAAAUGUAAUUGAACAACAUUGUGUAAAAUGCAUCUGUCCUGUCAAUGUUGUGUUUGAAGAGUGAAUGGGUGUAAAGAAGAUGAAAACAUACUUUGUAUUCCGUACAUUGCAGCACUUCAGUAAAAAAAUAAACUCUUAGAAUGUC